GUGCAGUGAGAAUGUAAAGAGAGAGAGAGAGAGAGAGAGAGAGAGAACGGGGAGGGAUAGGCGAGUGAUGAGGAAGAAGGAGGAGAGUAUCCACCCUCCUGGUACUUCAACCAGUCUGAGUCUCUUUCUCUGCUAAUGACACGCUUUUCUAGUUGUGCUGAGAAGACUAGCACCUGCUGCUUCUGGGUGAUUGAAUCCCUUUAUGCUGCUGCUUCAACACAAAAUGAUGUUACUUUUGCUACUGCAUUGGCUGCUGCCACAGCCCCUGCUUCGGCUACUGCUUGAUAACAGCAUUUACUCAAAAGCCGACUCCUCUCUUAAAGUCUUCAGGUGAGUGAGCUGCAGCGUGAACACCGGGCUGUGUAACUCGUCUUGCCAAAAUUGGGACCGACUUGACUGAAGGAACUUAUCUGGGUUAUUUUUUGCGUGGGUACUGUUUCCAUUUAUUUUUCAUCUUACCUGAAGACUGAUCAUGCCUUGAGUGUUGCUCUGUAAGUUUACCCACAAUUAGCUCCUUGGUAUGUUUUUUAUAGGGAUUGUGGCGGGCCACAGCCAGGCAUUUUAAAAUCAAACAAUGGAGCCCACAAUUACUCAUCGUUGCUGGCAACUGCCUUGGGCACCUAGUUAAGAAGGAGUGCAAGCCUCCAGAGACAUUCGUCUGACCAACAUUAUGGAGAUGUCUCAGGGAAUUAGUGAAACCUCCUCAGUCCCAUGCGCCACUCCACACGCAGAUCAGGAACUUGGCCUUGAGGAGGUUCCGGAUGCUCCUGAUGAAAGACGAGUCUUGGGAUUAGCAGGCCUGACUGCUACCUGCUGCAUCUUCAUGGAGAGGGAACAAAUGCGGAGCUGCUUGCACUCUGAGAAAAUCUGCAUCCUUCCUAUCUUGGCCUGUCUCAUUAGCCUGGCCCUUUGCACGGCUGGACUAAAGUGGGUGUUUGUGGACAAAAUUUUUGAAUAUGAGCCUCCCACUCAUCUUGAUCCCAAAAGGAUAGGGCAGGACCCUGUCGUCUACAUGGAUCAAGCUACUGAGCCCACAGAAGAGCCUACUGAUGUAUAUACCUCUGUCAUACCCAUUCUACCCACAGGGAAACAAGUAAUCCAGGCAAAAGCUGACCCUUCAAUGGCUUCCUAUGAACCCCUUCACAGACCAGCGUACAAUAGUCCUACCUCAGCCUUAACUCUGCUGAGUACUGUGGCUCCAAGGCUGCUUCCCACUUCUAUCCAGCCGAAUGUGAAGGGAACACCAUUAGUGAAUACUUUGCAGACCAUGGAAACUAAUAUUCUUAAAGUACCUGAUUUGUCUUCUACCACAACACCUCCUCUAGGAACUGGCCAUUUCAUAGGAUGUAGUGAGAAAGAGAAAAACUAUUGUGUAAAUGGAGGUGAAUGCUUUAUGCUCAAUGAUGUUCCCAGCAAAAUCAAGUAUCUUUGCAGGUGCCCCAAUGAAUUUACUGGUGAUCGCUGCCAAAACUACGUAAUGGCCAGCUUCUACAAGCAUCUUGGGAUUGAAUUUAUGGAAGCUGAGGAACUGUACCAGAAACGUAUUCUAACUAUUGCAGGCAUAUGUAUUGCCCUUUUGGUUGUUGGCAUUAUGUGUGUUGUAGCCUACUGCAAAACAAAGAAACAGAGAAAAAAGCUUCAUGAUCGCCUAAGACAAAGCUUGCGAUAUGAAAGAAACAAUACAAACAGUCUUGCAAAUGGACCUCAUCACCCAAACCCCACAACUGAACAUGUCCAACUAGCGCAUCAAUAUGCAUCAAAAAGUGCUGUUGAUACACAUAACAAUUUAGAAAAAGAAAUGGAAACUUCUUUUUCUACCAGCCAAUACACAUCAACAACGCAUCACUCCACUACUGUAAAAAGUGCAUCUGUCCACAGCUGGAGUAAUUGUCAAACAGAAAGCAUAAUAACAGAGAGUCGAUCAGUACUGGUGACAUCUUCAGUGGAAACCAGCAGGCAGACCAGUCCAUUUGGACAUCGAAGUCGUUUAAAUGGUACAGGUUGUUUGAGAGACGUUAAUGUGUUUUUAAAAAAUUCAAGAGAUACACCUGAAUCCUUUAAAGACUCACCAUACAGUGAGAGGUACAUGUCUGCAGUGACAACACCUAACCGUCUGUCGCCUGUGGAUCUACAGCCUCCAGUUGGUCCAAGCCUGCCACCUUCAGAAAUGUCACCGUCGGUGUCCAGUCUUGCAACAUCCAUGCCUUCGGUCGCAAUCAGUCCUUUCAUGGAGGAAGAAAGGCCUCUGCUUUUGGUGACACCUCCACAGUUGAGAGAGAAAUGGCAUGACUAUAGCAAUAGCAACCAGCAACGGAACUCUGCCCAUUACAAUGAAGGGCAUGAAGCCCACAGUCCACCCCCCAGUCCUCUGCGAAUUGUUGAAGAUGAUGAGUAUGAAACUACACAGGAAUAUGAAGCUCCAGCGCAACAGCCUGUUAAGAAAGUUUCCAAUAGUCGACGUGCAAAAAGAACAAAAACUAAUGGCCAUGGGCAGCAUAAACUUGAAUCAGACAGUGACUCGAUCUCUGUGAGCAAUAGCUCAGAAAGUGAGACUGAAGAUGAGAGAAUUGGGGAAGACACACCUUUUCUCAGUAUACAGAACCCUAUGACAACGAACCUUGAUUCAGCGCCUACAUUCUGGCUGGCUGAGGGCAGCAGGACUAACACAAGCCAAAAACUUUCUGCACAGGAUGAAUUGCAAGCAAGGUUAUCUGGUGUAAUAUCUAAUCAAGAUCCAAUUGCUGUAUAAAACAAAGAAUACAUAUAGAUUCACCAGUAAAAUUUAAUUUUCUAUAAAAGUAUUAAAUAAGAAGCCCAUUUAGUUUAAAUUAAACUAUUUUAUUUUAUCAUUAGUAGAUUUAACAAAAAAGUCUUUUAUAAAUUAAAUAUUCAAAUCUAAAACUGUGUGUUAUGAAUGAAUGUGCCAUACUAUAUACAGCAAUUUUUACAGUAUUUCAAUAGAGAUGACUAUCUACGGUGCCUUUAUGUUGUAUUAUGUUCUGUUUAAUGCAGAAUUCAUUCAGUGCGUGGUGCCCCAGCAUAUUUACACAGCAACAAUACCGUGGAAAAUGACUUGCUGCUUUGGCUUUUGACCAGUGUCUUCUGGUUAUUAAGAAAUUAACUAUUUAAAUUAAAUUACAGUGCAAAAUUGAAACUAGCAAAAUCGUGGUCAUAAGCUGUUUUUUUUUUCUCUCUCUCUCUGUUUCUUUCAACUCAUUCAUGUAAUGUCAUCCGUAGUAUAGCUGUCUCUGUCCUUUGUGUUCUUAAGCGUCACCCACAAACUUAUUCAUUCUUAAAAAAAAUGAAACUGUCCAUGGUCAGAACCAGCUAACUCAAAAAAGUAAGCAUUAACCUUUUCAUAUGGCUUUAUAAUUUAGACCACAUGACUAAGCAUGCAAUUAAAAGAAAAAAAUAUAUACUGUGUGCACGUGUGAAGACACAGGGGUUUCUCCUUCUGAAUAUUUAGAUGACAAGUUAAUUUUUCCUUACAUUUUCAAAUACAUGUCCUUUUGACCAUUCUGGCACCUAACAGCAUUUCUUUCUUUAAAAAAGCGGCUGGCAAGAUGUUUUGUCUUGCCACCCUUUUCGCCUAGGCUUGCUCCACUGUUUUAUAUAAAAUAUAAUAUAAAGCCCAGUGCAUGUUGUUUCUCCGGAUGUUUACUUGAUUUCUAGUUGUAUGUUUAUGACACCAGCAGGAUACCAUAGAGCAGUUCUGAUUCUGUCUUGCUGUGACUUGUACCUGCCCUUUACCUCUGCAUAUUAAUCUUGCAUCCAGUUUUUCCAGAUUCAUUUAAUUCCAUUGUUCCCUUAAAAUGAGAACAUGAACUGAACAUUAUCAGGUGUUCUCCUAAAGCUGUUCAUAAUUACAUUUUAAGGAAAAACACUGAAUCCACCAUUUUAAUAAACCAUUUUACGAGGUUCAUUGCUGACUGUUCGGUAAUGCCAUCCACUUGAAACAUAUGCAUUGCUUUCAGUAAAUUACUUACAUAGACAGCUUUUGAGCUUUCCAGUGCAAUUCACUUUUGUUGUAUUCAUCACUUCUUGAUGAAAAUCUGUAUGAAACCAGAUAAAGCUAUUUAUUUUAUCAUAAUAAUAGUCAUGCUUCUUGAGUCUGAUCUUGUAAUGUUGCCUUCCUGGAUUCUCGGACUCCACUGGACUUGGGCUCUUAGCCAAAAGUGCAGCAAGUUGUCCAGCAGACAUUUAUUUUCAACCUGAAUCCAGUUUACACCCAUUCAUCACUUUGUUUGGUGGUGCAUUAGUCCAGUUGCACACUGAAUAUUGGAUAAGCCAUCCAUCUUAUUGAGAUUGCAAGCAAAGGUCUGGUAGUUGUGCAGAGUCGCCUACUCUACCCUGUUUAACUGAUUACAGUCAAACUCGGUGUCUGAGGUUUUGAAACUUUUUUCUUGUUUUUUUGUUUUCCCUCUUCCUAUCUUAUUGAUCAUUCAAUAUGGUCCACAUAUAGAGGAUGAGCACACACUUCUGAACUGCAGAAUGGCUACAAGUUAUCUGCACAAGGAAAUUAUCAAACAUAAUGUGCUGCUCAGAACUGCCCUCUGGCUCCCUAUGUAGAUGCUUUUAUGAAUGUGGGUCAGCAUAACAAGUAUAUGUUUGAGAAUAAUUGAAAAAAUAAAGAGUGUGAAUUCUGACUGUUCGUUAACAAACAUCGACUCUGACUCACGUUUGACUCACAGUUUAGCAAGAUUAUAUGAUCUUUUAACACACAAAUUAAGCAAUGCUAGAGUUGACAGAAAGGACAAAACUGCCUUUUUCUUUAAAAAAUGAGACAUCAGUUUACAAAUGUCUGUGUAGUUUGCUGGAUGGUAUCUGCGUCAGUUUUCAUGCUCUCCAUUACUGUAGUUAGGUGUAUUUUGCAUAUUCACUACAUAUGAACAAUGUGCAAGAAUCCCAAAAACAUACUGGCAAAUGCUACAAAUAGUUUCUCAAUCAAGUGUACAAAUUGUCAGAAAUUUGAAUUUUUACAGCCAAAUGUAAUUUUUGUCUGAUAAUGAUGUGCAAUUAACAAAUUCCUUCUGUUACCAUAUAAACAAUUAAAAAAACUUUGCAUAGCUUAAAGUCAAAUUAAACUGCAAGCAUUUGUAAGAAAAUACUAACCUCUGGCUAAGCAAGACUUUUGGAGCACUCUGUGUAGUUUGCUUCAUGUUUUAAAUAAAUGAUACAAGUACAGAUGGCAGCUCAUUUUCUGAAUAGCUAAAGACUAACAGCUCCUAAGUGAAACGAAGCAGAUAUUUAUGCCAGUGGCAAACAGUUAUAUUUACUGAAGUAGAGCCAUAUGUCUUGUUGCUCCGCAAUUAGUUAUUUAACUCAUAAGUGUCUUGUUAGUUUCACAAAACUGAGCUUUAUUGAAACUAGUUACAGAGAACCUCAAGAUAUACUAAGUUGAUAUUUAGAUGUCCUGCUUAGUUCAUUUAGACUAAUAUCCCUCAGUAUGUUUUGCACCAUUUAGCAGGUGGUUUGAAAUUUUCCAAAAGCUUGCAUACAUUUUACUCUGAAACAUGAUCACGUGUUACCCCCUAUUUUAAAAUUUCUGUUCUGUAUUCGAUUAGUUUCAACUCUUAUAAUUUGAACGUAACAUGCAGCCAGGUUAUCGCUUAUGAUAUUUGUACCUUAAAAACAGAUGGAUUUCUUCAUGCAUGGCUACAUCAGAUAAUAUUCAAAUAUACUUUAUUCUCCUAUUAUGCAAUUAUUACUAGGAGUAAAGAUGGUGCCUGUGAUGCAAUACCACAGCAAGCCUUAAAAGUACACUGCACUGCUAACUUAACGCCUACAGAACAGUUAACAAGAGUAGAAGUUUGUUAAGUGGCUCUGAAUACGGUACCACUGCACGUCCAGUACAUGCAUGCAGUGCACAUUUCUAGUGAAUAUGCAUGCAGCAGUUUCAAUGACAAGCAAAAUGAGAACUUCUGAUGCUGACAAACUAAAAAAUUGUGGAAGGACGCUUGUAUACUUGUGCUACUUUAUUUAACUUCUCCCCUAAUUUUCCCUCCUUUACAAGUCUCCCUUUUUUGCUGCUUGGAAGUGUUUAUUGGCAAGGUCGCUGAGUAUGAUUUUCUUUGUACUUGCAAUUUAAAUGAAAAUACAACUUAAUAUGUAAAUUGUAUUUUUUUUCUUCUACUUUUUUAACCAUUUCCCAGGGAUAUUUAUUUCUUUUAAUGCUAUUGUACCUAAAAUGCAGGCAUUUUUUUGCAAUAAUAAAAUGAAAUGUGAAAUGAAAUGAAUAAAGUGAAGCAUUCCUAGUUGGACCCUACUAGAACUCCCCCAUCCCUGUCCACUAGUGAUUGUUCCAUGCCUAUCAGGUGCAUUGCACAGCCAUCUCUCACAGAUCCUGCCAUACCCUUUCAUCAUUCACAUCACAAUUCUACAGACACAAAUACUGUACAUCAAGAUGUCAGGAUUGCCUUUUUCUUUGGGCUUACCUUGUGGGCUGCUUUUAUGAUCUUGUCUUUCUAAAAGCAAACAAAGUGAGGGUACAGAACACCCAUCCAGCUUGUGGUUUGGCUUAUUCCACUUCAGGACUAUACUAUGGAUAGCAGGCCCUAUAAGGCAGCAUCAUCAAAUUAAACAUAGAUUAUCAGAAUAAACAUUUUAAAUAUGAAAAAUGUAAUUUGUUUAGCUGGGAAGCACUAUAUUGCAACCAGUGUUGUUACCGCUUGACUAUUGGCUAUGUUGAGCUCCAUGGCUGUGCUUGAUGGGACUUUUCUCCCACAGCCCAAAGACACUAUGAUCACUUAGUUCAGUUGACAUUCACAAAUUGCUUCUGGGCACUCUGUAGUCAACAGAAUUUUCUUUCAAGGAGACUUCUUGCCUUGAGUCCGUGGCAAAAAGAUGUCUGAUUUCAUGUGGCCAUCAACUGGACUGAGCUUUCUAUUAAAUGGAUCUGUGGAUGAGUGGUGUUCUUUUGUUCUUCACUUUCAAGUCAGCGAGCAGCAAAGUUGAUGAAUUGUAUUACUGCUGGUGUACAAAACACUCCCCCACUAUGAUCAGGAGCCUGUUUCUUUAUAUCGUUUUUCCCCCAUUUGGUAAGACUAACAGAAUUUUGAACUCCAGUGCAUAACUGUUUUGUUCAGUUCAGUUUAAAUUAAUAUGUGUGACCAGGCGGGGACAACUUAUAUUUUCAAAUAGCCAUUCUGUUAGUUGAAGAAUGCAAGAGUCAAGCCAAAUGUAUCAGAGCAGAUGACAUUGUUCCUUAAGUACCUGUCGAAUAAAUGUGUGUGUAUGUACCCCAGCUGGGUCAGCAUGCCCACCAUCGGUCCUCUGAUCACAAGGCUGCUAAUAGUACCUGCGGUUUUGAGGCAGGGCAAAAUAAAAGAGGUGUUAAAAUAAAGACUAACAUUUAAAUGAAUAACCUCUUCAUAUUGCAGCUUUGUGUAUGUUUCGCUUCAAAAAAAAAAAAAAAAGUAUUCAAUUUUUGGGGCCCAGAAUAAUACUGUUUCAGUUUUUAAAGACUUACAUAAUCAGGAUUCACAAAUUUUUAUUUCUCCCUGAAAAUGUUUGCUUAUGUAUGUGGCAGAAAGAAAACUGGGAGAGAAGCUUCAUCCUUAAAGGUAUAUAAUCAAAGUUAAAAUCAGCUUUUUUUUGUAAAGGAAAAAAAAACAUUUUUGCAUAUAUGUUAAUAUUAUCUAUUGUUUACAUGUAAUGUGUGUAUGUGUGUGUAUAUGGAUAGAUAUACACAGUAUUUUCACACAUCCAUGCAAACCUAUGUAUAUAUAUUUAUAUAAAAUUACAAGAUAAUAAUAUAAAACUGAAAUAUUUAAAAGGAAAUUUUUUCACAAUGUUAAAGUGAUGGUAAUAUAUUAAAAUGGACAAAUGUAACUGCAGUAGUCAUUCAACGCUUGUUUUAAUUAUUUCUUUUUUGUCACUCUUAAUUGUAUAUGUAACAAUAUAUUUCUCCAGUUUAUAGUAACCAUACCGUUCUGUCACUUAGAGGUCAAUCUUUCAUUCUGGUCUGUCUUUCUCAUGAAACCUUGUUUGAUUUUAUUUGUACAACCAUUUUUAUUCAGAUUGGACUCAUUGACAACUUGAAGUCUUUUCGCUUUUGUUUUUCAUUCUUAAUCGAGUUACAGAACAUAUAUAUACUGUAUGUGUUUUUGAAAUGUGUGUGUUUUUUACUUUGUCAGUUUAAAGACAGGCUGAACUACUGCACUUUCUGAUCGGAAUGGCUUAGUUGCCCCGAGCCUGAUCUGUGCACUCGGCUACCUAGUUAUUGCAGUCAUAAAAAGGCACAUCGGAAUGUGGGCAGAAGUGAAGAAUUUACAGCUCCUUCCAUAUGUUGUUAUGUAAUUGGUACAAUUAGGUCUCACUGCCAUCAGCAAUGUACUGCACCUAUAAUAUUCAUCUGUGGUAGCUAUUUUGGUUUAACAAUGGAAACUUAAGUGCUCUAUAAGUCUUGUUUGGAGGGUCACUUUUUCAGAAUAACAGCUUAUAAAGAAAGAAGUCUGUGUUAUGAUGUAUGUGUAGAAAAUGUAACAUUACAUUUCUACACACACACAGUUUUCACUCAUUCACCCUUUAUUUUGUAUGGCAUCCUUCAUUGAGCCUGUUAUCUCAAUGCAGACAGAAGCAGAAUUCAAAAUACAUUUUUGGAAUGUUUUCUGAAAUGACUAUGGCUAAUCCACACCACUAACCCUAGGAUCAAAACAUCUGACCUGGAUGGGGGAUCAUUUUGGAAUAUGAAUCAGAUAAAAAGUAUUUAUUUAAACACACAAACGAGAUGCCCACUAAAUGGGUUUCCAAGGAAACUCAAACUGCUGUGUUUUUCGUGAGCAGCUGGGCAACAUUCACUAAGUGUCCAGCCAGAUGAGGUUAGUAAAAGGAAAGAAAGAAAGAAAGAAAGAAAGAAAGAAAGAAAGAAAGAAAGAAAGAAAGAAAGAAAGAAAGAAAGAAAGAAAGAAAGAGAAAAAGAAAGAAAGAAAGAAAGAACAAACUGCUUGCUAGUAUUUUUUUUUUUUUUUUUUACUUUACUCAUUUUAGUUUAUAUAGAUUGCAUACUGUUUGUUAAAACACCUUGUUAAAUUAAUUGUCCUGUAAAUAUUCUUCCAUUAUUUAUGUUUAUAUUUUUUCCAAAGCGUCUUUGAGGAACUGUUCAGUCAUUACAGUGUAUAAAGUGUAUAUCCAACAAAUGUUUUAUGUUUUUUUCUUUCAUUUUUUUUUUAUCUUUUAAGUAUGUAUCAAUACCACAUUUUGUAUCAUAAUUUAUUGUUGAGAAUGUGUUUAGAAAGCAAAUGUUUUCAGCAAGAAAAAGGUUAAUCUGUUAAAUGAAAAACUAAAGAAAAUGUCAGAGCUCUGCAAUAUAUUAUCAUUUAUUUAUUACAGUUUGCAGUUUUUUAAGAAAACAAAGCUUACAUUUUGUACCCUUUUCUUGUUUAUUAAAAUGAGUUAUGACAUUGAU